AUGUCCCUCCUUCCUCCCCCUAAAAUACAAACUGAAAAGAUUUCAAAAACUGUAGAUAUCGUAGGAUAUGAAAAGGAAAAGGAAGUUGCACAGGCUCGUAGCCAAGCUGGAUCAAAUGCUCUUUCCGGUGGAAUCGACUUGGAUGCCCACGCGAUAGCUGAUCUACGCGAGAAGAAUAUUCCCGCAACGGACGAUAGCUAUAAAUACAACUACGCUGCCGAUGGGGCGGGGAACUACGAUUUCCCUGAUUUGCAAGCAUCCAUUGUGGCCAUUCGUCAAGAAUCAGAGUUCUGUUCCCCAGCUGAUCAAUUCGGUCAAACUUAUGGUUUUAUUUUGGAUAAAACCAUCUUCUACGCUGAGGCUGGGGGUCAACAGUGUGACCACGGGUUUAUCACAGGUGUUGAUGAUGAUGUCUGCGAAUUUAGCGUGUUUGACGUCCAGUGUCGCGGUGGUUACAUUCUUCACAUUGGGCGUUUGGAAGGCCGAUUUGCAGUCGGAGACAAAGUUCGCUUAUCAAUCGAUCCGGUUCGUCGACUUGGUCUUAUGCGUAAUCACACUGGCACGCAUGUACUUAACUUUGCCGUUCGCGUCGUACUCGGAGAUACUGAUCAGAAAGGCAGUUUGGUGGCUCCGGAAAAGUUGCGUUUUGAUUUCUCUGCCAAGCGUGGCAUGUGUCCGGAGGAACUGCUUCGCAUGGAAGCGAUCUGCGAUUCCUUGUUGGAGAGCAAGGUACCAGUUUACGCAACUGACGUAGAGCUAUCUACCGCAAGAACGAUUAACGGUCUUCGUGCGGUAUUCGGGGAAGUGUAUCCGGAUCCCGUUCGAGUUGUUUCGAUCGGCAUUCCUGUGGAAUCGCUCGUCAAUAACCCAUCAGGACCCGGUGCACUUCAUACAUCGGUCGAAUUUUGCGGUGGCACACAUCUGCUCAAUGUGAAACACAUUGGGGUGUUGGUUAUAGUCAGUGAAGAAGCAAUCGCCAAGGGUGUCCGCCGGAUCGUGGCCCUUACAGGGAGUGAAGGGGAACGUGCUAAGCGUGAAGCCUGUGAUCUGCAGGCCGAGGUCCAGGAAUUGCUUAGUCGCAUACAGAACUUCACUGCUUGUUCCGGUUACGUCAACGGCGAUACAUCUAUCGAUGUUGAUGAGUUCACUUCGAAAUUCCAAAACUUGAACCAGAGUCUCGGGGUUUUAUCGGCAAAGGUAUCCCAAGCGUGUAUAAGCCAAGUUUGCCGUGUUCGCUUACGUGAUGUACUGAGCGAAGCCCGGAAGCAGCUGGACGACCGUGACAAGCUGGCAAAAUCUACUCUCGCAACAGAGGUGAUGGCGGACGCUCGACGUUUAAUUGAGAGUCUAACUUCUGACGGGAAUGCGAAAACACAGUUCAUCGUGCAUGUGUUCCCCGGAGGAGCGAGCGCCAAAGCUAUCCAUGCUGCACUGAAACUUUUAGAACGUGAAUGUCCUGGAACCGCCGUAAUGGCUUUAUCACCCUGCUCCUCAACCGGAAAGUUUGUGUGCCUGACCCAAGUCCCUAAAAAUGUCGUUUCCUGUGGCUUGAAGGCCAACGAAUGGGUGGGAAGCAUUUCUACUGCUAUGAAUGGAAAAGGUGGAGGAAAAGAUUUGUUCGCACAAGCUACUGGUACCCGUCUCGACGCUCUGGAUGAAGUGAUAAAGUUGGCGAACCAAUUUGCUAGGGAAAAACUCCGCGGGUAUCCACUUGAGCCUGUUUGCUGA